AUGAAUAAUCAAACAAAUACCACUAUUUGUACGAUAUCAACAAACAAUCUGUACACGUGUCAAGAUCCAGAAACACAAGACUUGAUUGAAUUCGAACCAAAUCUAGACCUUGCAGGCUUAAAUGAAACUGAAUCACAAUUAGCAGUAUCUAAAUUAUACCUCAAUUCAAAUAACGUUACAAUAUAUGAAAAUGAAACAGAAGGAAAUGAAAAUAAAACAGAAGGAAAUUACUAUUAUGCUGAAUACAAGGGUUGGCAUUUGUAUGCUAGAGGAUUCACCUUAAACAUCUUUGGAACUGAAAUUAAAUCAUUUGCUCAUUUGAAAGAAUAUUUGCGUGAGUUGGUAGUGCUUGCAGCUAAUUAUAAGAAACCAAGACAAGUAUGCGAUAUUACUGAUAAGGAAAACAAUUGUAUAAGAUGGUUACAUUAUUAUUCUUAUAAUUUACCAAAUGGAGCUUCUGCUGAUUUUAACAAUUUCAGUUCUAAAUGUUAUCAACGUGGAUUCAAAGUGACAAUGGUUGAACCUUUUGCUCAUUUGAAAGAAUAUUUGCGUGAGUUGGUAGUGUUUGCAGCUAAUUAUAAGAAACCAAGACAAGUAUGCGAUAUUACUGAUAAGGAAAACAAUUGUAUAAGAUGGUCACAUUAUUAUUCUUAUAAUUUACCAAAUGGAACUUCUGCUGAUUUUAACAAUUUCAGUUCUAAAUGUUAUCAACGUGGAUUCAAAGUGACAAUGGUUGAACCUUUUGAUGAUUAUGAUAAAACGUCAUAUGUAUGUGAGUAAAUAAAUUAGAUUAAUAAACAAGAUUUUAGAGCGUUUAACAUAACAGGUUUGUUCCAUACGUAAAUAUUGA